CAUUCUAAACAUGGCAACCCAUAUAUUCUCGCGUUAUUUCUGGGGUUGGUUAUGAGACAGCAUGGCAGCGGCGGCGUUGAGGCAUUGUUGGAGAGGACUUUUGCAGAAUUCGGGUAAUGGAGCUGUCGGAACUGUCAGGUCGAACAUUUUCGAGGGCGUUAGACAGAAAUCUACAGUACAGUACAUAUCACGGCCAGAUCUUCCAAAGCUGGCCUAUCGGAGAGUAAAGGGAAAGAGUCCUGGUGUCGUGUUUCUGCCUGGAUAUGGAUCCAACAUGACCGGACAGAAGGCAGAGGCCCUGGAGGAAUUCUGCAAGUCACUAGGUCAUGCGUACCUAAGGUUUGAUUACUCUGGUCAUGGAGCUUCUGAGGGUGUAUUUUCAGAAGGCACCAUUGGAACAUGGAAAAAAGACGUCCUGUUCAUGUUAGAUGAACUCGCUGAAGGUCCCCAGAUUCUCGUGGGUUCCAGUAUGGGUGGUUGGCUGAUGCUUUUGGCUGCUAUCGCUCGCCCAGAGAAGACAAAAGCCUUGGUGGGCAUUUCCACAGCAGCAGAUCAUUUUGUUACAGCCUUCAAGACACUUCCCAUAGAGGUGAGAAAAGAGUGUGAGGAAAAGGGUGUAUGGACAGUCCCCACGAAAAGCAAUGAGGAGGGCAUGUACACUGUGAGUUUGGACUUCCUGCGUGAGGCGGAGAACCACUGCAUCCUACAGAGCCCCAUCCCUAUCACCUGUCCCGUGCGUCUCAUUCACGGCCUGAAGGACGAGGACGUGCCCUGGCACAUCUCUAUGCAAGUGGCCGAGCGUGUGCUGAGCCCCGACGUGGACAUAAUUCUGCGGCGCCACGGCCAGCACCGCAUGGCUGAGAAAGAUGACAUCAAGCUCAUCGUCUACACCAUCGAUGACCUCAUAGACAAGCUUACCACCAUGGUGUGAAAUGCCAUUUACCAAGCAACAAGCCUUAAGACCCUCUCCCACUUUCUUUUGCGAAACACCUGCUUACUGUUUUGUCGUGCAAGACAAGAAUGACGGAAAAGGUGAACUGUGGGAGAACAAAAUCUUUUCUUUUACAUGUCUCUUACUUGUUUACUGCAAUGCUGUGCCAUUAAACCUUUUAGGUAAAGCUGCUGUUUGUCUAGCAAAAGGUUUGUCUAGAUCUCCUGUGCCUUUUUUACCAUAUUUGAAACUGUUUUAUGGAAAUAAAGCCUCUGUGUACCAAUA